AUGGGUUGGCACUGUUUGUGCAGUCAGGACAUGUUUCAGGCAGCAAUUAUUAAACCUUCCUGCCUGAAAAUGGCCAUGAGACAGAUGAUCUGGGCGGCAGCCAUGAUUUAUGCUGCAUCAGUAGGAUAUAUAUACGCUGAAGACUACAUAUACAAGGAUAAGCUUCUUUUCUUCUCUCCUGAUGGAAAAGAAAGCACUCUUAUUAGCAGAGACCAUCUGCACGGGUUUACUACGCAUGAAAAAACAUAUAGAGAAGGGUGGAUUAACGGUCGAUACAGAAGGUGGGCUGAAAGAAAUGCACUAAUUGGUCUGUCUACUGCAAGUUCUCUUUCUAUUUCUCCAAAAUACUUUCCCAGUAUAAAGGACUUUUUUCUGAUGGCAAAUGAACAAAGAUAUGCAUCGUACAAGAAUGUGAGUCUGGAGUAUUUAGCAAAUCUGCUUUGGGUGUGGACACAUUUUCACUUGGACCCAGGCACCCCUACCUCAGAGGCCAGUCCUGCACGGCCUGCAAAGAUAAACUGCUUUCUUGAAAAUCUUCUGCUUCUUAUACGAAGCAGCCCAAGUAUCCAGGGUCCUCUGCAUGGCAUAUUAUUUGAGAUAAGCAAGAACCAUGGAACCUGCAAAUCAGAGCCACCAAAGACCAUGGUUCCAAGAGAUAGACUUUUCUGGUUCCUUUCAUGCCCUCAGAAUGCGCACAUAAAGAGAUUUCUUAGUACCCUUCUUGGCCCAAGGACCAGUAAUAUUUUAAUAUACGCGCAGAAAACAGGCGAUGAAGCAAAUAAUAAUGCGCUGCGCAUAAUAGUGACCCCAGGCCAUAUUCCAAAUAGAACAGACGCAGUGCCUCUUUCUUCAUUUAUUUUGGAGCAAACGACACAUAAAUAUACUCAUUUACUUCUGGACCUUCAUGAGGCUGCAGUUCUUUCACCAGAUGUAUUUGCACAUCUAUUCAUUAUAUUCUCGGGAGUGCAUACUCUUACACUUAGCACUAAUAGGGCCACAGAGCAAUCAGUGAUAGAUGCAGCUAGUAUUCUUAUCAGAGAUAUUCUAUUCUUGGAAGAACAGAGGCGAAGAAAGAAUCUUCCAGUGCGCUUGCGUGGCCUUAUUUUGUCGCAUGCGAUUCUUCUUACCCAAGAGAGUACAGAUCUUCUGCAGAAGACACCACUAGAGACCUUUGGAUUUAUGCAGUUCUAUCCAGCUGAUUACACAGCAGAGCAAGAGUACCAUAAGAAGCAUAUAAUAAUUGAAGCCUUCAUCACAGAACUCUUCAUAAACCACACUGUUCUCUCUUCAUACAUCAAGAAGUUAGUGGGUCCAGAUGCACUUUUCUUUGCAAACAGACAUAUAGAGGGACUGCGCAAUUUAGUAUCCAUAGAGAUACACACAGACGGCCGCAUGAAGCACGGGGUAAUUCAGCCACUAGACAUAAAGGACAGCAGAAUCCAGAAAGUUGCAAUUGUAGAAGAAGCUGGGAGCACAGAAAAAGACACAUACCGCAUACUUGCAGGACUUGCAUCGAUAAAGCACAUGCGCACACUCGAUCUAAAGAGAACCACAGUCCAGGCGAAAAAGCUACUUUAUCUUCUGCUUGACAAGAAAGUGCAGUAUAAACGUACUUUGCGAAUUAUAGAAAUCCCGUACACGGAAGGCACCAGCAAUGAUACUUCUCUGCCUCUCCACCUACUAACUACUUCUCUGAAGGGCGUGCGUGCAUAUGGUGUGUACGUGAGGAAAGGAACAAACCCUCUGAAGCGCCUCAUACAAGAUGUCCAGAAGACCUUUUUGAGCAGACGCAUUUCCAUAUGGAUGCAUCUGCAAUCGAUUUCCUGGGCACCAGAGACAAGCACAUACUCCUUGCACCCGUACACCAUAUCACGCCCUCUCUUUAAAGAGGCAUACCAGGCAGCAGGCGCACAAGCUAGAGGUUCUUUUGGAGAGGAAGAACUAUUCCGCAUGCUGUCAAUAGGGACAGCAUUAAACAAGCAGAAAUAA